AUGUCACAAGACGCGCGUAUGAUCACUACCGAGCACUACGCUCAAGGAGGUCCACCCAAACAAAGUAGAGGAGGCCGCCGUGGCAGAGGCCGCGGACGAGGCCGAGGUGCCCAAAACAAUAAUCAAGCUAGAAAAGAUUAUAAUAAUAAGCGCAUGGAGGAUCACCGACUCAAGACCGGAUACCAAACAUUAAUAAACAACCAAGAGGAUAUUAAAUCUGAGAUUUUCGCAUUUAUUUCUAACGAACAACUGGAAAAACUAACUCAGAAUGUCAAUAAGAAGCCGCAGAUGUUACCCGUUACUUCACAGGUAGUAGGAUUAGCUACCGCCAACUUAACUUACACUACCAGGCAUUAUCGUCGGAACCUAGAGAUUCCAGACAUUUAUCAGAUGUACCGUUUCUUUCUUGCAGCCUUUGAGGCUAAGAUAAUUAGAAUACGCAAAGAGUCAGGAUUAAUGCUCCGCAACGCGUAA